UUUCUUUGCCGAGCCAGGUCACAAGUCACGCGUGCAAGUCUUUCCUACUACUACCAUUCCAACCCCCACCCCCUUACCCUGUCCCGUCCGCCUCGGCUGCCGUAGCUCUGCUCACCUCCCCCCAAACCGCCGACGCGUCCUCCCUCUCCCUCACAGCCAUGGCGAAGCUCAAGCACCUGCCCGUGUGCUCUCUGCUGCUGGCCGUCUUGCUCCUCGCGCUCUCCUCCUUCUCCUGCAGCGCUGGCACCAACUCGACGGCCUCGGCCGGACCACUGUAUGGCAUCGAGUUCCCGCCGUACAACACGGCCGUCGCCGACGCCGGCUGCGACGGCAGGCUCGUGGCCGAGGAGGAGGAGCUCGCGCGCCGGGCACCCUCCCUCAAGCUCCACAUGACACACCGCUCCGCCGCGGAGGGCGCGACGGGGAAAGGCUCCUUCGUCCUCGACUCGGCCAAGAAAGACGCCGCCCGCAUCGGCACCAUGCACGGCAGGAGGGCCGCGCUGUCCAGGAAGGGCUCGCGGCCGCGCCGGGCGCUGUCGGAGCGGGUGGUGGCCACGGUGGGGUCAGGCGUGGCGGUGGGCUCCGGGGAGUACCUGGUGGACGUGUACGUUGGCACGCCGCCGCGCCGGUUCCGCAUGAUCAUGGACACCGGCAGCGACCUCAACUGGCUGCAGUGCGCGCCCUGCCUCGACUGCUUCCACCAGACCGGCCCCGUCUUCGACCCCGCCGCCUCCGCCUCCUACCGCAACGUCACCUGCGGCGACGCGCGCUGCGGCCUCGUCUCCCCGCCGCCAGAGUCUCCGGCGGCGCCGCCCGGGAGGACGUGCCGCAGGCCGCGGAGCGACCCCUGCCCGUAUUACUACUGGUACGGCGACCAGUCCAACACCACGGGGGACCUGGCGCUGGAGGCCUUCACCGUGAACCUCACGGGCGCCGCCGGGUCGACCCGGCGCGUGGACGGCGUGGCGUUCGGGUGCGGCCACCGGAACCGCGGCCUCUUCCACGGCGCCGCGGGGCUGCUGGGGCUCGGCCGCGGCCCGCUCUCGUUCGCGUCGCAGCUGCGCGGCGUCUACGGCGGGCACGCCUUCUCCUACUGCCUCGUGGAGCACGGCAGCGCCGCCGGGAGCAAGAUCGUCUUCGGCCACGACGACGCGCUGCUCGCGCACCCGCGGCUCAACUACACGGCCUUCGCCCCGGCCGCGGCCGACGCGGCGGACACCUUCUACUACGUGCAGCUCAGGUCCGUCCUCGUGGGCGGGGAGGCGGUUGACAUCCCGUCGGGCACGCUGGCCGCCGGCGGCACCAUCAUCGACUCCGGCACGACGCUGAGCUACUUCCCGGAGCCGGCGUACCGGGCGAUCCGGCAGGCGUUCAUCGACCGCAUGAGCCCGUCCUACCCGCUCAUCGCCGGGUUCCCGGUGCUGAGCCCGUGCUACAACGUGUCGGGGGCGGAGAGGGUGGAGGUGCCGGAGCUGUCGCUGGUGUUCGCGGACGGCGCGGCGUGGGAGUUCCCGGCGGAGAACUACUUCAUCCGGCUGGAGCCGGAGGGGGUGAUGUGCCUGGCCGUCCUGGGCACGCCGCGCUCCGGCAUGUCCAUCAUCGGCAACUACCAGCAGCAGAAUUUCCACGUCUUGUACGACCUGGAGCACAACCGGCUCGGCUUCGCGCCGCGCCGGUGCGCCGACGUCUAAUUAGUCCGGCCUCCGUGCGUCCAUUUUGACUUGCUGAUUGGGUUGAUUGUUUGACCGGUAGGAGUAUGUAGGCGGCUCUGCUGACUGGAUGGGAAGAAGAAAGAAGGAAGCAACGGGGUUGGGUGUAGAAAGAAACUGGUUUGGAUUGACGAACAAGGUCUCUCUAAAAAAAGGGAGACGUUUCGAUGAACUUUUGACCGAUUCGGCUGCUUGUUCGGUCGAAUUUUUUGCAAGAGCUUGUUUGAUUUUCGUUUUGGUGUAUAGAAAUGUGGACUGUGGAGACAUGACAUGAUAAAUGUAUCUCGUUUUGGUGUC